AAAAAAAAAAAUUAUAUAUACUUACUUUACUUGAAGGAUGCCGCACUGAAAGAAUGACCCAGCUCAGGCGCAUAUUCUCGCGGGCGACGGCGAAGCCGUACCGCACGGGGGACCUGGAGCUCGCCGAGCGCCCGUACCUCAACGCCGAGGGGCUCGUCGACUUCCAGCCCGGCGACAUCGAGAACCCGCACAACUGGUCCAAGGCAAGGCGCUGGUACAUCACGCUGUGCACGGUGCUGCUUGUUAUUAAUGCCUCGUAUGCGGCGUCGUCUGUGUCAGCGUGCUUUGGUAGCGUGUCCAGAGAAUUUGCGGUAUCAGAAGUCGUCGCCGGCCUCACCAUUACCCUUUUCCUCUUAGGCUACUGCGCAGGGCCGCUAGUUUUCGCCCCCCUAUCCGAGUUCUACGGCCGCCGCUGGAUCUUCUACGUAACCUUCCUGAUCUACCUCGCCUUCAACCUCCUCUGCGCCUUCGCGCCCAACUUCGGCUCCCUCCUCGCCGGCCGCUUCCUAACCGGCGCCUUCGUCUCCGCGCCCUUGAGCAACGGUCCCGGCGUCCUCGUCGACCUCUGGGGCCCCGUCGAGCGCGGCAACGCCAUGACCGUCUACUCCGUCAUGGUCUGGAUCGGCCCGGCCCUCGGCCCCGUCGUCGGCGGGUUUCUGGAGCUCACCGAGGACUGGCGCUGGAGCUUCUAUGUCCUGCUCUGGCUAGGCGCCGCGUCGGUGCCGUUCAUGUUCACGAUGCCGGAGACGUUUGGCCCGGUGCUGCUGAUGUACAGGGCGCGCAGGAUCCGGAAGGCGGCGAUCGAGGGGUUCGAGGAUGUGAGGGCGCCGGUGGAGGUUAGUGAUCGCUCGCUGAUUGGCAUCUACAAGGUUGCGCUUACGCGGCCGUGGAUCAUUCUGUUCGAUCCGAUUUCGCUUCUUUGCGCGGUGUACAUGUCGUUCGUAUACACGCUGCUGUUCAUGUUGUUUUCGAUAUACCCGAUUGUCUUCCAGGGCAGCCGGGGCUGGAACUCGGGGGUUGGCGAACUCCCGCUGAUCGGGACGACGAUUGGCGCUAUCCUGGGUGGUGUCAUUGCGUUCUUCGACUCGAGGCGGAAGGCGGAAAAGGUGAAAAUGGGAAUCGCGAUCAAGCCUGAAGACCGGCUUACCCUGGCCAUGAUUGGCGGUGUUGGGUUCCCGGUCAGUAUCUUUUGGUUCUCGUGGACUGCGGAGUACGACUGGAUUCACUGGAUGGUUCCGACCGUCGCCGGCGUGUUUCUGGCCGCGUCGCUUAUGCUCAUCUUCGUCUCGUUCAUCAACUACCUGGUCGACUCCUAUCUGAUGUACGCCGCAUCCGCCAUCGCGGCCAACACCAUUGUUCGCUCGGCGUGUGCGGCCGCAGGGCCCUUGUUCACGGGCUACAUGUACGCUGCCCUUGGUAUCGGGGGCGGUGGUUCGCUGCUCGGAGGCAUCGCCACGUUGCUUGCUGUCAUCCCCUUCGCAUUUUAUAAAUAUGGCGAGCGUAUACGUGCGAAGUCGAAAUUCGCCGUUGCCGGAAUGAGAAAGGUGACUAAUGAUGGGGAGGUCCAGAUAAGCGAAGCGGUGGUAGAAUCUUCGACGGUUCAGGCUGAGAUACCGCCUCAGAUGUCGGAGACAUCGAGCACUAUGGAUGGACAGGGACAAGAGUCUCGCGAGGAGAAGCGAGACGAUAAUCAGAUCGAUGAUAUACAUACCACCCGAGAAGAGCAAAAGCAGGAGGAUUAAGUAAGUGUAGGAAGGAUAAAGGGAAAGCAAAAACAUGGACAUAGGCAAUGAUAGCGUUUCAAACAUCGAGGGAUAGACAUGAUAAUAUUCGUUAAUCAAUUUGUGUGUUCAACUCAG